CCAACUUAGUCAUUUAAUGUCAGUCAGUGAACACAGAGCACUUUACAAUUUUAACAAUCUUUUUUUUUUUUUUUUAUAAAAAUGCUGACGCCACAUCUGGCUGUCUCUUUGGGCUUCCUCAUCGCCAUACCGCUUUCACUGGACGCCGCGUUGCUAACUUGCCACAUUGAACUAGUCGAUGGAGUGAUCUCGAAAGUUUGUCAAAAACUCAAAUGUCCCGUAAAUUGCUCGAAUGGCGCUUGUAAUUUGCACUUACAACGUUGUAUUUGCCACGCAGGCUACCAGCGAGUGGACGAUAAGUGUGUACCUACUUGCGAUAAGCCAGUCUGUAGCGAAAAUGAGCAUUGCUUAGCGCCUAAUAAAUGCAUCUGCAACGAUGGCUACUCGUUGGUUGAUGAUCAGUGUCAGCCAAAAUGCGAAACAGGGUGCGCCGAAACUGAAUACUGUGCUGCACCAAAUAGUUGCGUCUGCAAGGAGGGAUAUAUCGCUACUACGAACGGUGGUUGUGAGCCCAUCUGUUCGAUGGAGUGUGGUCAGUUUGGACGCUGCAUAUCACCAAAUAUUUGCGAUUGCGAUGAGGGUUACCGUGUGCAGGCUGAGGGCAAAUGUGCACCCGUUUGUGAUGCCGAACUAUGCGUCAAUGCCGAUUGCAUAGCGCCCUAUAAAUGUAUCUGUCAUGCAGGUUAUUCACUCAACUUCGACAAUAGUAAAUGUGAGGCGUUGCCGGAGGAUGAUGCGACAAAGUCACAGAGCAAUGCAACUGUGUGGAUCGAUGUACGUUCUGGAAUGAAUGAGUAAUACAGUUUUAAAUAAAAUGUUUGUUGCUUUAAUUCUAUAAAAAAUUGUGUCUGUUAAUUAUGUGAUUUAUUUGCAUACGUUUGUAUUUAUGUUUAUAUAAAAAGAAU